AUGCGAUUCGGAAAGACGCUUCGGCAAGCGGUCUACGCGCCGUGGAAGGACAAGUAUAUCGACUACGCGAAGCUCAAGUCACUGCUGCGGGAGGACAAGUACGAUGAUGAAGACGUCGCGUGGACCGAGGAGGACGAGAGCCGUUUCUGUGACGAGAUUUUCAACACACAACUCGAGAAGGUCGCCCAGUUUCAGGAGGAGACGUUCAACGUCUUGAAGGACCGCGUCGACGCCGCUUUCGAGAAGCUCAAGGAUCUGGCGCCGCCGUCCAGCAACGAGCAGGAGCAGGAUGGAUCGCAGAACUUCAAGAAGGCCGACGCCGCGACGGCGCAGAAGCUGCGGGAGAUUGAGGCGGAGCUCGACAAGAUCACGACCGAGAUAUCGGAGCUGAAGAAGUACAGCAACAUCAACUAUACCGGUUUCCUCAAGAUCGUCAAGAAGCACGACCGCAAGCGCGGCGACCGCUACAAGGUGCGCCCCAUGAUGCAGCUGAGCUUGUCACGGAGGCCUUUCAACUCGGAGCAGGGCUACUCCCCGCUCCUCAACAAGCUGUCCAUCAUGUACUAUGCCAUCCGCCAGCAGCUUGACGAGGGCGGUGUCGACCAGCAGCCCUUGGACCUCGAGAGCCAAGGCGAGACGCACAACGGCGAGAGGUAUACGGCGCACAAGUUCUGGGUGCACUCGGACAACCUGCUGGAAGUUAAGACCUACAUCAUGAGACGGCUUCCCGCUCUUGUUUACAGCGAACAGUCGGCCAAGGAGCUCGACGGUACCAACGACCCCACCAUCACCUCGCUGUACUUUGACAGCCCAAAGUUCGACCUGUACGGAAAGAAGGUGGAGCGCAAGUCCGAGGCCUCUUCGCUGCGUGUGCGGUGGUAUGGGCAGCUGAGCUCGAAGCCUGACUUGUUCAUCGAGCAAAAGACUGUCGGCGAGAACGGUUCCAGCGAGGAGCGCAAGUUCACCAUCAAGGACAAGUACAUCAAGCCGUUCAUUGACGGCACGUACAAGAUGGAGAAGACGGUGGAGAAGAUGGAGCGCCAGGGGCGGCCGGCGGGGGAGAUUGAGAGCUUCAAGGACACCGUUCAAGCCCUCCAGGGUUUCGUCCAGGAGAACAAGCUGGAGCCCGUGUUACGUGCCAACUACGUCCGCACCGCCUUCCAGAAGCCUGCCGACGACCGCGUGCGUAUAUCCAUCGACACCGAGGUCGCCUUCAUCCGCGAGGACACCCUGGACCGUGACAGGCCGUGCCGCGACCCGGCCGAGUGGCACCGUGUCGACAUUGACGACAGAAACCUGACCUACCCGUUCAAGGACAUCAACCAGAGCGAGGUCUCCCGUUUCCCGUACGGCAUCCUGGAGAUCAAGCUCAAGGAGGACCCCCACCGUAAGCGGCCCGCGUGGGUUUCGGAUCUGAUGGCCUCUCACCUGGUGCACCCCGCGCCGCGCUUCUCCAAGUUCGUCCACGGUGUCGCCUCGCUCUUUGAGGACUACGUCAACAGCCUGCCUUUCUGGCUCAGCGACCUCGAGUCCGACAUCCGCAAGGACCCCCAGAAGGCUUUUGAGGCCGAGGAGCAGCGCCGGGCACAGCGCGCUGAGGAUGAGCAGGCCGUCGGCAGCUUCUUGGGCAACAAAGUCAGCUCUUACAAGGUAUCCAAGAGCUCACCAGCGGGAACUUCGUACCUGGCCAACAGAAUGGCCGCGGAGGCGAGCGCCCGCUCCAGACAGGCUGGCAACGCCGAAGGCCAAGAGGCCAACGGUCAGCAGAACGGCGAGAGCCAGCAGAGGAGUUACGGCACGCUGUCAUCUGUGUUGCCUGGUUUCUCACUGUCCAAGUACUCCAAGGCCAAGCGGGCGCAGCGGAACCAGCAGCAGCUGCCGGAAGGUGUUGUUGAGCCGACCGAGUGGCUCAAGAACUCGGGCGAGCUCAAGAUCGAGCCCAAGGUGUGGCUGGCUAACGAGCGUACGUUCCUCAAGUGGCAGCACAUCUGCAUCCUUCUUGGCGCCCUGGCGGUAUCCUUGUACACUGCCGCAGGAGAGAAUGAGCUCGCCGAGAUCAUGGGUAUCGUCUAUAUCUUGAUUGCCGUCUUUGCCGGCCUGUGGGGAUACGGCAUGAUGCACGUGCGCAGGAAGAUGAUUAUGAGCCGCAGCGGCAAGGACUUUGACAACCUCGUUGGACCGCUGAUUAUCAGCGUUGCGAUGAUGGUUGCCCUGAUUUUGAACUUUGUAUUUGCCUACCGCGCUGCAAUCGGCAAACUGGACGCCGAGAAGGUCCUAGGCGGUGCUAAUGUCACGGGCGAGCCUGUCCGGCAGGAACUCAUUUGA